GUCCUGUCUGCUGCAAUGCUGCCGCCUCUGUUUAUCGUGGCCGCUCUUCUGGCCCUGGGUGCCCGGGCCUUCUAUUUGCCGGGUGUCGCUCCCCACGAUUAUGCCGAGAGCGAGCUCGUCCCCCUCCUGGUCAAUGCCGUAUCAUCAACGGAGACUGCUCUUCCGUUCGACUACUACUACAACCAGUUCCACUUUUGCAAGCCCAAGGGCGAUCCUGUCGCCCAGCCCGAGUCGCUUGGAUCCAUUCUCUUUGGAGAUCGCCUCUACGACUCCAGUUUCGAACUCUACAUGAACAAAAACACAUCUUGCAAUACCCUGUGCUCACAGUCGGUUCCCAAGGAGGAUGCUGCCUUCAUCAAUUCCCGCAUCCGUGAAAAAUACACUGUCCAUUGGGUGGUCGACGGACUCCCGGUUGCCAUGUCCCGCCUCAAUCAAUCCACCAACGAGCUGAUCUACAACAUGGGCUUCAAUCUGGGCUUUAUUUCCAAGGACGGCAGCCGGACAUAUCUCAACAACCACUACGAGAUUCAGGUCCACUACCAUCUCGACGAAGGCAAAAAAUCGCCCCGAAAGUUCAGAGUCGUCGGUGUCACCGUCUAUCCUCACAGUGUUCUCAAGAUUGACCAGAAAAACAACUGCGUCAUCCAGCCAGGCACCCCUCCCCUCACCCUCUCUGAGACGGGGGACAACUUGAUUACGUUUACCUACAACGUCUACUGGAUUCGAUCCGGUAUUUCGUGGACCACUCGCUGGGACACGUACCUUAAGGUUACCGACCCGAAAAUCCAUUGGUUCAGCCUCACCAACUCGAUCGUGAUUGUCCUGUUCUUGAGCGGCAUGGUUGGCGUGAUCAUGCUUCGUGCUCUCAAUCGCGAUAUCACCCGCUAUAACCAGCUCGACAUCGAGGAUGAUAUCCACGAAGAUUUUGGCUGGAAGCUCGUCCAUGGCGACGUGUUCCGCUCUCCAAUUCAUGGCCAGUUUCUCGCUGUUGCUGUUGGAGGCGGUGCCCAGCUGUUUUUGAUGACGGCCGUGACCCUCGUCUUUGCUGUGCUUGGCUUUCUGUCGCCCUCGAGCCGGGGAUCGCUCUCCACCGUGAUCCUCGUCCUGUAUGUCUGCUUUGGAAGCGUUUCUGGCUACCACUCGGCGAGACUCUACAAGAUGUUCGGUGGACAAAACUGGAAGAAGAACGUGCUGCUUUCGGCAUUUCUGCUGCCCGGAGUUGUCUUUUUGGUGUUCUUGACGCUCAACUUCUUCCUGAUUGCCGCCAAAUCAUCGAGCGCCGUACCCUUCGGCACCAUUUUUGCACUCUUGUCGAUGUGGUGCCUGGUCUCGGUUCCAUUGUGCUUCAUCGGCGCCUACUUUGGAUUCAAAAAGCCUAGAAUCGAGCAUCCCGUUCGCACCAACCAGAUUCCUCGUCAGAUCCCCGAGCAACCGCUGUAUCUGCGAACCCUGCCUUCGGUCCUCAUGGGAGGCGUCCUGCCAUUUGGUGCCAUCUUCAUUGAGCUGUACUUCAUCAUGAACAGCAUCUGGUACCACAAGGUCUACUACGUCUUUGGAUUCCUUGCGCUCGUCUUUGUCAUCCUGGUGGUUACCUGCGCAGAGGUCGCCAUCCUGCUGUGCUACUUCCAUCUGUGCGCAGAGAACUACCACUGGUGGUGGCGAUCGUUCUUCACCUCGGGCUCCUCGGCGCUCUACGUGUUCCUCUACUGCACAUACUACUACGCCACCCGCUUGAACAUCAGCAACUCAACCUCGACCGUCCUGUACUUUGGCUGGUCUGCUGUCGUCAGUGCCCUCUUUUUUAUCCUCACGGGAUCGAUCGGCUUCUAUGCCUGCUUUAUGUUUGUCCGCAAGGUGUACAGCCUCAUCAAGAUUGACUGAUUAUCGGAUGGGCAUCUGCACAAGUAUCCACGCGAGUCUCUGCCACUGCCGUCCGGAGCGGCAGAGUUGUGGUUGUUAUAAAAUAACAUGAUUGAUCCACACCUCUCGUGGAGAUGCGGUAGACAGCUGUCCGCUCGGCUGAAAGCUCCCUCGUACACAGGAGAAUCUACGAUAUAGCGCCGUUCAUGACUCUGCGG